UCGAGACGUGACCUUUGACGCAGCUUUGCUCGGGCGCGGUGCCCCCAUGGCCCCCGGAUGGCGAGAGCGGGCUGGCUCGUGGCCCUACCGCUGGCCUCGUGUGCCCAGGGCCAGGUGCAGGCGCCCUGGUACUUUGACUGCUCCAACAACCCCGAGUGGAGCCGCUUCCGGCGCCGCUUCGCCGAGUUCCGGAAGCUCUUCGAAGCGCCGGACCGAGACGAGGCGAAGGUGAUCGAGGAGGUGCAGCAGGUGCUCGCAGAGGCCAACGACCUCGGGAGGCGCUAUGAGCCCACAUUCGUACAGUAUGCCAGCGAUUGGUCGGUCUUCCACCUCUGCAACCCAGACCGUUUGUCCCUGGUGCCAGAGGACCUGCAGACCGACUUCUGCUUUUACGGCUUCGCCACGGUCCAAUGGCUGGGGCUCUUUGGGCACUCGCACUUCAGCAACGUGCCGGGCAUGUCGGAGUGGGCCCACAACGCCUGGGGCUUUCUCAACGACGCCUCCAAAUUCAAUGCCAUGCACUUCUUGGAAAGCUCCGGCUGGACGGUGAAGAUGGUGGAGAUGGCCAAGUCUUUGAGCAACGCCUUCAUGGCCAACUCGCAGUACAGGGUCUCCCGGGACGCCGCGCUGCCGGCGGCCCUCUCCCAGCCGGGCCUCAUUGUGCGGAAGAAGCCGGACCACACCAGGCUGCCGCAGGUUCGGCGCCUCAAAGCGGUGGCCAUCUCGUACCACACCGCACUGAUCCGCGAGCCUUUGACUUUCUGGCAGCACAUGCUCACGCACCUCUUCGAGGUAGAGCCCACACUGCACAUCCUGGACGCCACCGCGAAGACCGCCGAGGACGUGGCACGCCUUCACAACCACUGCCGAUUUAUUGGUGGCGCCUGGUGUGCGGCGGACGAGCGGCUGCUGCAGCUGAACGAGCUAUUCCAAGAGGUGUUGCUGGACUGCCACACCGGGGAUCACAAGGCGCGGCACCACUUCCUGCGCUCGGCUCAGGAGUACCACGACCGCUUCCUUCGGCUCAUGGGAAACGACCAGCAGCUCCGGUCCGCGGACUUCUUCAUGUGUGGCGAGCCGGUCCUGUUCUGCCGGCUGCUGAGCUACUUUGGACAGCCGGUCAUCGGCUACAUCUCUACGCCCAUCUCUGUGUAUGUCAGAAGCGAAGAUCGUGCGGAAUGGUACCAGCAGUUCUACGAGAUGGCGCUGGACGAUCGGCACAUCUUCGCAGCCACCACGCCAAUCUUCGCUGAGUGGGUGGCGUACGCCACCGGCAUCGACCUCCCAGUGAUCCGGCCGAUUUGCAGCUACACGGAGGUGAGCUACUGGCCUCGGCGCCAAAGGGAGCUGCUGCUUCUCCGCAGCGUGAGCCUUUUCUGGGACACGGAGUGUGUGCUCAACUACUUUGCGAAAGCUGUCGCAGGUGAUGAGGAGCCGUACACCUUCAAAGAGUCCACUGGUCUUACUGAGGAGGAGCGCAAGGGCUACGGCGCCUUUGCCGAGUUCCUCGGGGCGGUGAUCUACCCCUACUCUCCCAGCCAGUUCUGGUUCUACGAGCUCUACUCCAUGGCGGUGCCCAUCUUUAUGCCCUCCAGGGAGACGAUGCCCCUCUACGUGAGCCAGGACUACUCGGUGUGCCCGGACUUCGAGGGGCAUCGGGUGGGCCACGCGCCCCAGCGGGUGCAUCCCCACUCGCCCUUCGAUACGGACGACUGGGCCGCCAUGACGUAUUGGACGUCCUUCACUGACUACUUGACUAUGCCGCAUGUUAUCCACUUUGAGUCGGUGCCGAACUUGAUCACGAAGAUCAGCGGCCACGACCUGCGGGAGGUCAGCCGCGCCAUGCGCCGGGAGCACAUGAAGCACCUCGGGCUGGCCACGAGCUUCUGGACCGAGGCCUUGGAGCGGGUGAGCCGUCUUCGGGGCAUGGAGCCGACCAAGGGCGCCACCGCCCAGGCGGCGGGGGACGUGCCUCUCCGCGACGAGCUCCGGGACCUGUCGACCCGGCAGCCGUCAGGGGGCUCGGCCUGGCGGCCUGACGGGCCCCCGCGCCUCGCCAACGACGGGGACACCCGGCAGGACCAUCCGCACCAGUACCACUUCGACGCCAGUACCGCUCAGAGCGGGUCCCACUGGUGGGUGAAGUUGCGGCGUGUAGCCACGGACCCUGAGGUGAAGCUUUGGUCGCGGGACUGCUGCAGUGAAAGCUAUGGCCGGCGUCUUUGGCUUCUGCUGGGCAACAGCUCGCAGCUCUCGCAGGCUCAGGAGUGUGCCGAGUUGGAGGUGGGUGACGACCAAGAGAUCUCGAGCAUUUGCCGCGGCAGCGGGGAGUACCUCUUCGUGGAGGCUCGUCCCAGCGCCGGCGAGGCGGUGCUCAUGCUGCCAGAGGUGCGCGUGCUGAGCCGAGAUUGAGG